AUGGACAGACUUUGGGGCAGGUGGCUCAAUAUCCAAACAUUGGUCAUCAAGCCUCGACUUAUGACUCCAUUUGUCACCUCCGCAACCUUUGUUCGCUCAGACGGCACUGGACGUGUUUGUGCUCGGCUGGUCGCGGACAGAGUCACGCGAGCACACGGCUUACAGCCUAAUCGAAAGCAGGAAGGCGCCAAGUUCCACACAUCAACAACACCACUAUGCCUCCCAACAGCCAUCAUCUUCCCGUCCAUCGAAAAGGCCGCCGCCGUCACUAGCCCAUCAAUCCCCACCGCGGUCGUCACUUCAGCCAGAACCUGUCCAGAGUACACAUCUGAGAUAUCCAUCCCCUCCUCUGUCCGACACGCCAGGAACCGACAAUCCGGCGACACCGCCAGCGGCCACCCUUCGUUGUUCCGCACUUUGUUCAUCUCCCAGCUCGAUACCCGCCCAGCCUCGUGCUCCCACACAUACACGGCCCUCGCCCACACCGACACAACCACCCUCCCAUCCGGCGACACCCCCAACGCCCGCGCCCCCGUCCCCGUCCCCGUCACAACCCCAUCCACCUCCAUCCGCCGUAGCGUCCUCCCCGUCUUGGCCUCCGAUAUCCUCACCGUCCCGUCCCUCGACAGCGUCACGAGGUCCGCACCGUUCGGCAUGAAGAGAACAUGCGUCGGCGCAGCAUGGUUCAUCACACCCGCCACCUUCUUCGUAGGUGGCAUCCCCGGCGGACUCGUCGCCGCCUCAAACACAACAACAACGCUCAACGGAUCCGCCGCCGCAAACUUCUUCCCGUCGGGGCUAAACGCCGCGGGAUGCCCGACACCGUUCAACGCGCACCGCACCCCUCGCCCUUCCUCCCCGGCGCGGAGCUUCACCCGCCACUCCCGCUUCCAUCCUGCAUCCUUCUCCACCACCGCCGUCAGUUUUCCAUCCGGGCUGAAGACGACCACAGGCGCGUCGCUGCUGAUGUCAGACGGCACGAGGCGCGCGCCCACGGCGCCGGGCUUCUGGGGAAAGUCCCAGAUCUUGGUGCUGGAGGGAAGCGCGGUGCCCGAGUUGUCUUGCGAUGUGGCGACGUAG